UGCCGCAGUGGCCUGAUAUCCAGGUACCACAGACUUUGUGAUAAGGCUGAAGCUUGGGGCAUCGUCCUAGAAACGCUGGCCGCAGCCGGGGUUGUGACCUCGGUGGUCUCUCUCUCUCUCUUCCCACUCCUCGUCUGCAAGGUGCAGGACUCCAACAGGCGAAAAAUUCUCUCUCUCUCUCUUUUCUUCCUCCUGGGUGUGCUGGGCAUCUUUGGCCUCACCUUCGCCUCUCUCUCUCUCUCUGACGGGAGCACGGGGCCCACACGCUUCUUCCUCUUUGGGAUCCUCUUCUCUCUCUCUCUCUCCUGCCUGCUGGCUCAUGCCCUCAAUCUGACCCAGCUCGUCCGGGGGAGGAAGCCCCUCUCCCUGUUGGUGAUUCUGGGUCUCGCCGUGGGCUUCAGCCUCGUCCAGUCUCUCUCUCUCUCUGAAUAUAUUGUCCUGACCAUGAAUAGGACCAACGUCAAUGUCUUUUUCUCUCUCUCUCUCUCUCGUCGUAAUGAAGACUUUGUCCUCCUGCUCAUCUAUGUCCUCUUCUUGAUGGCGCUGACCUUCCUCAUGUCCUCCUUCACCUUCUGUGGUUCCUUCACGGGCUGGUCUCUCUCUCUCUCUCACAUCUACCUCACGAUGCUCCUCUCCAUUGCCAUCUGGGUGGCCUGGAUCACCCUGCUCAUGCUUCCUGACUUUGACCGCAGGUGGGAUGACACCAUCCUCAGCUCUGCCUUGGCUGCCAAUGGCUGGGUCUUCCUGUUGGCUUAUGUUAGUCCUGAGUUUUGGCUGUCUCUCUCUCUCUCUAACCCCAUGGAUUAUCCUGUUGAGGAUUCUUUCUGUAAACCUCAACUCAUGAAGAAGAGCUAUGGUGUGGAGAACAGAGCCUACUCUCAAGAGGAAAUCACUCAAGGUUUUGAAGAGACAGGGGACACGCUCUAUGCCCUCUCUCUCUCUCUCUUCCAGCUGCAGAACCAGCCUCCCCAAAAGGAAUUCUCCAUCCCACUCUCUCUCUCUCUCUCGAGCCCUUACAAUGACUACGGAGGAAAGAAAGAGGGCAGCUAA